UGGUUGUGUUUUCUUUUUGCUUAGCGCAUACCUCAUCUCCUUUGCUAGGUUAGAAACAAACAAAAACCCAUAAAAAAGGAAAAAAUACUUUUUUAAUUGCAGCGAUACUGUAUUGUUGACAUUCAUUCGGUGUGUUAUCUGUAACAGCCUCUUAAUCAUUACUGUCGCUGAGUCAGUUGUUCCCAGGCUUGUGUUUUCCUGCCGCUGACAGCUCCUGACUAAGAACCCGAAAGCCUCUCUCGUCUCUGUCCUGUUUUCCUCCCCGGACGAUGGCCCUUGAUAGCAGCCUGACUUCUCUUGUGCUGCCUGGCUUGCACAAUAGCACACGAGCUAUUUUAAAGGCGCUUGUCCAAAAGGAUGUCAAAGCAUCAACCACUUUCUAAAUGUGCCGUGGUUUUAAGCCCAGCUGGAGAUGAAACCAGGACAAAAUGAUUCAGAUGUUUCUUUGGAUCCUCCUUGGGGUGGGGGAAGGGAAAAAUGGGACAAACUGCUUUUGAUCUACAGAAAGUCAUUUGUGGGUCAAAAGCUGAGGUUUGUUUAGCUCACAUUCUCAGAAACAGGGAUCUCUCUCUUACUUGCUAGAGGGUAAUUAUUUUACGUUGCUGUGAUGCCUUGGGAGCCUUACUAGAGGAGUGUGAGCUCUCAUCUUGCUCCACUCUGCACAGAACAAAAAGGAAGCCUCUGCCUGAAGGUACCUCCAGGCUUGAUCUAGGAAAGAGACAACGCACGUGUGUGGGAGUACAGGGAAAGCCAGUGCUGAUCACCAGUCACACAAUGGCUUACUAGUUAGCCUAAAGAAAAAACAAACUCAUUUUUUCAUAGGCCUGGUGCCAGGAGAGAGUUAGGGAAGGAUGUGGAAGGUGACUGGAAAACUACAGACUUAAACUUCCACUUAGAAUUCAUUUCCUUAUCCAUAGUAAGCUCUGCCUAUAACUGAAGCACUCAAACCUUCUCAAGAAGGUGCUUGGGAACACUGUAGGCAUUUGGCAUUUCCUUAGGUAACCCAUCCAGGGCUUAGAGACCUUAAUGGUUAAAUGUGUUUCCUGCUAGUAACCACUGAAAGUUGAACUUUACUGCAGUUACAGCCACUUCUGCUUGCUCUGGGUAUAGAAGAAGACAAUAAAUGUUUGCCUCUUUCUUCACAUAAUUGACUACUGUUGUAAUUUUUUCUUUCCCUCUGUUAAGCUUUACCACUUUUAAAGUUUUGUUGAUUUUCUUUAGCCUUGUGGUAAUUUUUGUAGCUCUCUUUAGGAGAGACCUAAUGUUUCAUUUUCAAGUGUGGUCCUUAAAAAUAGACCUGUAUCACUAUUGCAGCUGAGCCUGUUGUUUCUAGCCUUGUGUUUUCCUGCAGUCAGUCAUUUCUCUUGAGCAUAACUUCUUGAGUUUCACUGUACCUUUUCAUAUUGCUCCUGAAGACUACUUUAAAUUCUGCUCCUCUCCUCCUGUGCUGUCUGAACAAGGAGGAAGCUGCAUAAAUGUGUACAGGAGCAGUGCUGCAUGGAGCAAGUGCUUGUCCUUCCCUUGAACAAGUGGGUGAUGGGGUCUGGUUUCCUGGGGUAAGAUGACACAGGAGACCAAACAGCUCUUUGGUGUGGCCUUAGAGUUCUAGAGUAAAGCAAGGUAUACUGAUCUAUAUAUAAAUAAUAUUCUUCAUGAGUUGUAUCUUUUAGUAUCUAGGUUUGUCCAUUGUCAUGUGUCUUGCUCCCUUUCUGAAUGCAGGCAGUCAUACUGUCUUACAUGGAUAUAUUCUUUCCUAUUUAAUAAUCAAAUAGGUAUUUAAUCAGUAAUAAUUCUGACCUGCUGUGAUGAUUCAAAUUUUGCUAUGGGCAAAAAUAACUUGUUGUUAAGUUGGUGAAUAUUUUUCCUCAUGGUUUUUGCUUUUUUACUUGCUUUAAUGGCUUCUAUUUAUUGGCUCAUACAUAAAUAUCAAAGGCAGUUCUGGGGUGUUUAAACAUUCAAUUUCUUGGUACUAAUGGGAUUUUUCAUCUUCACUGCCAAAUGCAGAGGUCAGGCUUACAGUGACCAAUUACAUGUAGAUUUAGGGGAGUGAAUUGAGAAAUAAGCACUGGGUUUAGUUAAACACAUCCAAUACUUUUCCAUGUUCCUUAGAUUUAGGAUACCUGACUAGUUGGGUGGUUGCUGUGAACACGAUCUCGCUGGUAACUCUGUGGUGUACUUUGAACCUGAAGACAGGAUGUGCCUUGCUACUGUGUUAACUUGCAGUCAGGGUGGAACAGAGAAGCAGCACUGCUUUGGGCUUCCCGGGUAGCCCUCACCGGGGCUCCUCUGUGUCAGCAGGGGAGGUGAGUUGUCUGGAGCAGAAAACCUGCCCUUGCCCUUGGUGUCUCUCUGACAUGGAGGGAGCUGGGGGAGUGUAGACACAAGAGUCCUAUACACCUCCUCCCUUAGGAGAAGGGGGGACUGACACCUACACAGACCUUUUUUGGGGGAAGAGGUCUGAGACAAAGGCACUCAGCUCCCAGGAGAGACCUAGGAUUGCGGUUUCUGUUUGUAUCUAGCUGGGAGGGGGUGGCAGAUGCCACUGAAGCUGCCUCUCUUCAGGGAAAAAUGUCCACUGGUACCUCAGACUGCACUAACAAGGGGCUUCUAAUUUGUUUCUCUAGGGAUGUUACCUGUGGCUUUGUCAUUAAGAUGCUUGUCAUCAUUUUUUCCAGGUUUCACGUAAACUGUUUACAAGUCAUGCUUUCGCAUGUCCUGUACCUAAGCUGAUAAAGCAUCUAUGCACUUUAAUCUCAAGUCUGUGCCACUCUGCUAGUAGUGUGAGCUGUGCCUUGAACCUUGGAUAUAAAGACCUACCAGCCAAAGUCUUGUUCCUGCCUUAGUAAUGUUCCAGAGGUUAAAUAACAUGCUCAUGGGAGAGAUUGAUAGCUUGUCCAGCCAAGAGCCAGAGUUCAGUGAGAAGGAAGAUGACGAGUGGAUUCUGGUUGACUUUAUAGCAGACACUUGCACUAAUUGCUCCGUGGAGGAAGCAGACCUCAUUGAAGCAUCGGCCACGGACAGCUCGCCCGUCUUCUCUUGUUUAUCAUCUCCUCUGGAACACUUGCCGGAGGCCAGCGAGUCCUGCUUCAUCCAGUUUGAGUCAUGUCCUAUGGAGGAGAGCUGGUUUAUUACCCCUCCCCCAUGUUUUACUGCAGGUGGAUUAACCACUAUCAAAGUGGAGACCAGUCCCAUGGAGAACCUCCUGAUAGAGCAUCCCAGCAUGUCUGUGUAUGCUGUCCACAACACCUGUCACAGCCUUAAUGAGGCUGCAUGUGGGGAUGAGGAGUUUCACAGCCCAGGUAGCCCCAGACAGGAGGCCCGAAAUGAAACAGGACAGCGUGUUCACUGCUAUGUCACGGCUCUUGCUACUAGUUCAACUUUUCUGGAAAAAAGCAAGAGCUUUCGUCCUACCCACUGGAUAAAAGAACAUAAUGAAAGACACUGUCUCAACAGGAACAGUCUCCGUCGCCAAAACCUCGCCAGGGAUUGCCACUCUCGGCAAAUCAAGCACAACGGACUGUUUGUUCACCAGCCUUGCCAGCGUCAGUUCAAUUACUGAUGGCUCUUGUGGUUUUAAUCUAUGGCCUAAUUGUUUCUUAGGUUGCUUUUGUUUUCAUGUGUAGGUAAGUGUGGUCAAUCUGAAGCUGAUUGUCAAUCCCUCGAACACAAUCAUAACUAGUGUUGCAUUAUUUUCAAAAGACACAUAAAUCUCCGAACAUCUUGCAUCAAGUUCUAAAUGUUGAUGUUAAAUAUCAAUGUCUUGGAAGCCUAUCAGUAUGAUAGUUUGUGUGCUGUUUUAUAAACUUUGAUGUAUAGAUGGGUUCUUAGUUGGUAUUUUAAAGAAAUUUAACUGAGAUGGAAAUCAGUUACAUUUUGCAUUAAUCAAAACGAAGUUAGAAAAUUUGAGGUUAGCCAUGUGCUUUAAUGACCAGUACUUGACAGCUUGUGUAUCUGUCUGUAUUCAGCAUAUAUGAUUACUUUCUGACAAGGAAAUUCUACAGCUGCCAGUGGAUAUUACAUAGCUGUGCUGAGCUGUUUCAAGAAGGACAUCUCAUCUAAAUUCCUAGAACUUACUUGUGUUAGUGGGGGCUGUGUAGGUGUGCUGGGUACUUGGUAUGGAUAUUGAAAGAGGGUUAAAUGUCCCACCAACAUUGUUGCAGUACAAUAUGGCACCAGUGUUACAGAUGUAGUACCUCACAGUGGAGUGGGAAGAAAAGUGAACCCUUGGGUAACAUGCAGAUGCACAACACAGAACUGAACUGGGCUUUACCAGAUAAAGUUUGAGUUUCUCUAACUAUUUCUGUCUUUGAAGCAUGUAUCUCCCCUACCCUAUCUCAUUUAAUCUCUAGUCUAGUUAAAGGAGAAAGAUGGUGGAUUGACCAUUCUUUUAACCUAUCAGUAGCUGACUGCUCUUCAAAGAAGUCAGACUGAUAGACAGCUAUUUCUGAGCUACAAAUGGCUAUUAGAUUGUCUCAUAUUCACAGAUUGAGAGUAGCUCAGAAGUCACUAGAAGGAAGCUUUUAUUCAAAGUUCUCCUAAUUUUCUCUCUUUUUCUCUAUGAAAAUGAAAUCCAAGUUAAUGGGGACUGGAAAUGAAGGGCAGUGUGAGGUAGGGGGAAUUGGAUGCUGAGCUAAAUACAGUGAUAACAGUAUAUAAAAAUUGACCAAUCAGCUGUGGUUGUUCUCCUAGCCCACUGGAGGCAGAAGGACUUAAUAGCAAUUCCAUGGGCCAACAGGAAAGAAAAGCCAUUCAAAACUAUCAAGUAGUUUUCUUAAGAGCACUGAGCAAGAUGUUUUGGGAGUUGGCAGGCAGUGCCAACUACAACUACAGGUAAAGUUCACCUGUUAACAAAAACUGUGUUACACAGCAGCCAGUGGUAUGCUGGACCCUGCUAGAUCAGUCUGGGAAGUGGAUUGAAUGGGAAUGGACGUAAGGAAGCAGAAAUCUUCAGUGAGAGAAGGGGGGGGGCAACCAAAAGUAAGUUUUAUCUUCCUUUCUGCCAGUGCUUAAUGUGAUUUGCUGUUUUCCCUUGUGUUUAGUGCCUAGGGCAUUACAGUGUUAACAUUACACUCAGCUGUGUCUUCCAGUAGUCCUUACACAGAAAUUGGUACAAGGAGUCAUGUGAGGAGUCCUUGAAAUAAGACAAGGUCGAUAAUGUGAAUUGUUCCAGACUUAAGAAGUAUUUAAAUUCAGCCAGAUGCUUCAAUUUCACUGAAGCAAAGCCCCAGCAAUUCAAAUUGACCUUGAUGUAGUGGUACUGUUGCGUGUUCUGCAGCUGAAAUUGUUGUGGAACCUACUUAGCAUACAGGGAACAGCAUUCAUAGCCUAUGUUUCGCUGCAGAUGUCCUGCUUCACUGCAAUUAGGAUUGUCACAAAGGGAUGUUGAAAAUAAUUAAAUGUACAAAAGCAAGAGGUGCUUUCCUGGAUACGCUAGUUUUUGGGGUUUUGUUGUUUGGUGAUUUUUUUUUUUUGACAAGUUGAAUUCACAUGGACACUGAAAGAAAACAAAAUUGAUCAACACCAUGAUUUUCCAAAAGAGAUAUUUUGUUACUGCUGUUUUAGCAGUAUGUGCCCAUGUCCAUACAACAAUUCUCAUGUGGUCCAAAUACUUUGGUUUAUCUGCAAAUAGCUGUAGUUUCACCAGUCUCUUAUCUGUUCACAAGUACUCUUACUUGCCUCAGAUUAUCUACCUACCUUUAUCACUCCAACUUUUUGUCUAGCUUAAACUUCCUUAUCCUUGCUGCCAACUUUCUAGCUCAGGAAAAUUCUUUGCUUUCCUGUAUUAGUUUUCUUUAUAUAAAAGUAACUUCUUUCCUUCAGCUUUAAUUUUCUUAAAGUGCAAUGAAGGAAGAUGUAGUCUCCACCUCCCUGUGUUGGAAGGAGUGAGUAAUCCCUUAACUCCUAAUGGGGAGGUGGAGCUGAGAGUAUAAGGCUCCCAGGCAUUAAAAUGAGAGCCUUGGUCUGUUCUUCUCAGUAGGCAAGUAAAUGCAACUUUAGACUGCUCCUAGAAUUGGGAGAUACUGAUCUUUUUAUACUGCAUUACUAGAUGACUUUCUGGUGAUGAAAACCUAUAUCUUUCAGGAUAUAAACUAUUUUGUUGCACAAAGCUGUGCUUCUCAAUUUGUAAUAUUGGAACCAUAUUAUUGUGUGAGAUAGUACUACAUCAAUGGCUUUUUGUUAAUUUGUUUUACGUAUUUAUGUUGGUCUAGCCCUGUUUUGUGCCUGGAGCUAUUGGGCAAUUAGAUUUGUUUUGGUUUACUGUUUUAAUAGUGAGCUGUGUGGCUUUUUAUAUGGUUUUUUGAAUUGUAUUAAAGUGUGUGUUUUUUCUUGUAAAAGUGGAGGCCUUGCACUGUCUCAUACUGAUUGAUAUUCAUGAAUCUUGCGAAAUUGUAUUUUCAUAUGUAUUGGUCAAUGGACAGAUUUGCAUUUUAAACUGUGCCUUCUACACAGCAAACUUGAAGAUUCAAAAGGGACAUUUCAGUUGGGAUUAAUACUGUACAUCAGUCUAUGCAUAUAUGGCAGCUUCUCUCCAGAGCCACUUCUCUAUUUGUAGCAGUCCUUUUGAUAUGGAAGAAUCUGUGGCUCUUAUUUUUAAUAGAUUAACACAAGCUGAAAACAGACAAAAUACAGCACUUUGCCAAAAAAGGUAGCAUUGCUUAACCAGUGUGUAUUUACUAAAGUGAUCUUCUGUAUUUUGUUUUCAUGGUGCCUUCUGCGCACUGUGGGGAAACGUGAUCUUAACUCUCAAUAAAA